CUUGUUUUUCUUUGUGUAAGCUGCAUCGAUGGUAGGAAAUUUUCAUCUACAAUAUCGAGAGAAUGUCAGACUUUGAGCAAUUUGAUAUAGACUUUUACCAGUCAAACUAUACUGCCAGUGAUCAAGAACAAGAUUACAAUGGGUCUGGCACCCCUGGAAGUGUUUAUGGGAGCAAAAGGGGUCAGAAAGGGGACAAACCACAGCAGGAUGCAUUCACUCGUCCAGAAAUGCUUUCAUCUCAGCCCUACACAGGCCAGAUUUUUCAACCAGCACACCCUUCUGAAUUCCCAUAUGAUAACACUUAUCCUGACAGCUUUGAUGAAGAACCUCCUUUGCUAGAAGAACUGGGGAUCAACUUUGAUCACAUCUGGCAAAAAACAUUAACGGUCCUCAACCCGAUGAAGCCAGCAGAUGGCAGCAUCAUGAAUGAGACGGAUUUGACGGGGCCGAUGGUUUUCUGCUUGGCCCUCGGAGCCACGCUGCUGAUGGCGGGAAAAGUUCAUUUUGGUUAUGUCUAUGGCAUGAGUGCCCUGGGAUGCAUCACAAUCCAAGCUUUGUUGAAUCUGAUGAGCAUAGCAAGUGUUUCAUAUGGAUGUGUGGCCAGUGUUCUAGGCUACUGCCUGCUGCCCAUGGUGAUUCUGUCCAGCUAUGCAGUGGUUUUCUCUCUACAGGGCAUUCUAGGGACGUUGCUAGCGCUGGUCAUUAUCGGAUGGUGCAGCCUGUCUGCCUCUAAGAUAUUCACUUCGGCUUUGGCUAUGGAAGGCCAGCAGCUCCUCGUGGCCUACCCCUGUGCUUUACUCUACGGCCUGUUUGCGCUUAUGACCGUUUUCUGA